GGAAAAAGCAGCGAACUGCGGCGAAACACAACGACUGACGAGAGUGGAGGAGAGGAAGGAGGAUGAUGGGAGAGAAAAUAAUUCCGUUUAAGUGACCCAUAUCUUACAGCAGACCCAGAUAUUAUCCACGAUAGUAGUUGUACUCGAGGAUUUUUCUCCACCAACAUGUCGGCUUCUGCGAUAUUUAUCCUGGACCUGAAGGGAAAGGUGCUCAUCUGCCGCAACUACAUGGGGAAUAUGGACAUGAACGAAAUUGACCACUUCAUGCCCAUCCUGAUGAAGAGAGAGGAGGAUGCGGAGAUGACGCCACUGGUUACCCACGGCUCCUCGCAUUUCCUGUGGAUCAAACACAGCAACCUCUACUUGGUGGCGAUGACCAAGAAGAAUGCCAACGCUGCUUUAAUAUACUCCUUCCUUUAUAAAAUAGUCCAGGUGUUUAAGGAGUAUUUUAAGGAGCUUGAAGAGGAGAGUAUUCGUGACAACUUUGUGACGGUGUAUGAGCUAAUGGAUGAAGUUAUGGACUUUGGGUUCCCUCAGACAACAGACAGCAAGAUCCUACAAGAGUACAUCACUCAGCAGGGCCAUAAGUUGGAGGUCGGAGCUCCUCGACCUCCUGCCACAGUCACCAACGCUGUGUCUUGGCGGUCAGAAGGCAUCAAAUACAGGAAAAAUGAAGUUUUCAUGGAUGUCAUUGAGUCAGUUAAUCUACUGGUGAGCGCCAAUGGCAGUGUCCUUCGUAGUGAGAUAGUGGGAAGCAUCAAGCUCAAAGUGGUUCUGUCUGGGAUGCCUGAACUCCGACUAGGCCUCAAUGAUAAAGUGCUGUUUGAGAUCACAGGCAGAGAGAAGAGUAAGACAGUGGAACUAGAGGAUGUGAAGUUUCAUCAGUGUGUCCGUCUGUCACGCUUCGAGAACGACCGCACCAUUUCAUUCAUCCCCCCUGAUGGCGAGAGCGAGCUCAUGUCCUACCGGCUCAACACCACUGUGAAGCCUCUCAUAUGGAUUGAGAGUGUGAUUGAGAAAUUCUCCCACAGUCGUGUGGAGAUCAAGGUGAAGGCUCGGAGUCAGUUCAAGAGUCGAUCCACUGCCAACAAUGUGUCCAUUCUGGUGCCAGUGCCCAGCGAUGCUGACUCACCCAAGUUCAAGACCAGCACAGGCAGUGCCAAAUGGGUGCCAGAGAAGAACGUGGUGCAGUGGAACAUCAAGUCUUUCCCUGGUGGUAAGGAGUACAUGAUGCGUGCACACUUUGGGCUGCCCAGCGUGGAGAGUGAUGAGCUGGAGGCAAAGAGACCAGUCACUGUUAACUUUGAGAUCCCGUAUUUCACUGUGUCUGGGAUUCAGGUGCGCUACUUAAAGAUCAUAGAGAAGAGUGGUUACCAGGCAUUACCAUGGGUGCGCUACAUCACACAAAGUGGAGAUUACCAGCUCCGGACAAACUAAAGGGCACAGAUGCUGCUAGACGAAUGGAUAUUUCUCUUUCUGUCUGUCUUCCUCUCUCUCUCUCCUCUCUCCUCCCCCUCCCUCCUCUCUCUGUUUCUCCGACUCCCUGCCUGCAAGGGACAGCAGAGGACAAACGCAGGGAAAUGCAUAAAACUGACCCCGCCCCGAACAAAACGGAGACAUCAUCAUCAUGAUCGUCGUCCCCCUUCCUUUAAGACGCGCUCACCUCAGACGGGAAAGGCUGUUGCAUCACCUCUGACCUGUGAUUUUCUUUUUAAGGGUCCCUCAGGAGGACUCGAAAUAAGGGUUUUUAAUACACGAAUAAUCAUGAACUUGUUUUGCUUCUGCUAAACCUCACAUUUGCUCAGAUUUAAUGGCAUAUCCUGGAAGGUUAAUUAGGACAAAAUCAUAACAAAUCUCAGAAAAUGAAACAGCAAUAUU